AUAAAAACAGUUUGUUUAUGGCGUUGAUGAUGUGGACAUUAUAGUGUCAACAGCAGCACGAGGCAAGGGGACCGUCCACCAGCUGUGUGAUCUCUGAUACUCUUAAAUUUUCGUGCUGAUUUCUAUUGAUUUUUACCCCACAACUCAUUCAAGAUGUCACAUUACAACUUUAAAAAGAUCACCACGGUCCCCUCGGCCAAGGACUUCAUAAAUAUCAUACUCUCGAAGACACAACGAAAGACUCCUACCGUUGUCCACAAGCAGUUUAAGAUCUCUCGCAUACGUCGUUUCUACAUGACAAAGGUCAAAUAUACUCAGCAAAAUUUCCAUGACAAGCUGACUGCAAUUGUUACAGAGUUCCCAAAAUUAGAGGACUUGCAUCCUUUUUAUGCUGACCUGCUGAACACACUGUAUAAUAAGGACCAUUACAAGCUUUCCCUCGGCCAGAUAAACAUGGCCAGACAUCUCAUAGACAAAGUUGCAAGUGACUAUGUUAAGCUCCUCAAGUAUGGUGACUCCCUCUACAGAUGUAAGCAGUUAAAGAAAAGUGCCUUAGGGCGGAUGGCCACAAUAAUGAAGAAGCAGGGACCCCCUCUGAAGUAUCUUGAGGAUGUAAGACAACAUAUUUCAAGGCUGCCAUCAAUUGAUCCUAAUACCCGAUCACUUCUGCUGUGUGGCUGUCCAAAUGCUGGGAAAUCAUCAUUUAUCAAUUUGAUAACUCGUGCUGAUGUGGAGGUCCAGCCAUACGCCUUUACCACCAAGUCUCUCUAUGUUGGUCACACGGAUUAUGAAUACCUUAGGUGGCAGGUUAUUGAUACACCUGGAGUGUUGGAUCGUCCGUUUGACGAGAUGAAUACCAUAGAAUUGCAGGCCAUUACAGCUCUGGCACACAUCCGUGCAGCUGUCAUUUUCUUCUUGGAUAUCUCUGAAACGUGUGAUGUUCAGAUAGAGCAGCAAAUGAAAAUCUUUGAGAGUAUAAAGCCACUCUUUACAAAUAAGCCUUUAUUGGUGGCAUGCAACAAAGUAGAUGUGAUGGACUUGAAGGAAUUGGGGGAACAGUACCCCGAAAAGCGAGAACUGAUUUCUGCACUGGAACGUGAAGGUAUUCCUGUCCUGGAAAUGUCAACCCUAACACAGCAAGGUGUUAUGGAAGUCAAGAAGGAGGCCUGUGAUCGUCUAUUGGCAAAAAGAGUGGAUGCAAAGAUGCGUUCCAAAAAAUCUGAUUCUAUACUUAAUCGUGUUCAUGUGGCAAUGCCUGCACAGAGGGAUCAGAAAGAGAGGAAACCCUUCAUUCCAGAAUCUGUGCUGAAGGCUAAAGAUAAAGAGGAUACAGAAAAGACUAAACCCCCAAAGAAACUGGAGCGUCAUUUAGAGGAAGAAUUAGUCGACGACUACAGUCUUGACCUCAACAAACAUAAAGAUCUUGAAAAUGAUGAAUGGAAAUAUGACAAGAUUCCACAGUUCUGGAAUGGAUAUAAUGUAGCUGAUUUUGUUGAUCCUGACAUUAUGAAAAAAUUGGAGGAACUUGAAGCAGAAGAGGAGGCUCGGGAAAAGGCUGGAUUCUAUGAUUCAGAUGUGGAAGAAGAAGAUGAAUCCAUGAAGGAAAUCCAUAGGCUAGCCAGUAAAAUCCGUGAGAAGAAAAUCAUUAAUGCAAUAAAUGCUAGGAUUGAUAAGCCUAAAGGCAAAGCUGUAAUGACGCGCGUUUCAAGGAAGCGUGAGCGCGAGAGAUCUGUAUCUCGACUGAGGAAUGAGUUUGAAGAAUUGGGAGUGGACAUGUCCGAUGUGGAUGGCUGUCACUUUACUCGCACCAAGAGUUCAUCACGUUCACGUCCAGCACUUAAGAAGGCUCGCAUGGACUCAGAAGGCAGAGUCCGGUCCAGUUCCAAAACUCCACGUGAUGAGUCUGGAGUCAGAGAUCCAAAGAUGGCUAAGAAAAUGAAGACCAUUGGACGCAAAGCACAAGCAACAUCGAACAAAGAUGGUCGCAAGGGUGAAGGUGAUCGACACAUCUUUAAUCUUAAACCUAAGCAUCUCUUUGCUGGAAAGAGAGGUGCGGGUACAGCUAACAGGAGAUAAAACUCUCUCUUAAAGCCAUAACUCAAAGAGUGAGCUUAUUCAAGAAUUGAUGUGGUAUUAAUUGUUUUUAAGUUGUAUGUUGUUGAUUGAGGGGCAACGACGAUUUCAUUUAUGUUGUCAAUGACUGCAACAUUAGUUAAGUGGUGUUCAUAAAAAUAAAAGGAUAGUUUUCUCUUAUGUUGAACAGACUUCUUGUUUUUGAAAUGAUAUUCAUACUGGGUUAAUGAAUUAAUAUAUAACUUUAUAAAUAUAUUUAACAAAGAAAUGUUUACUCUUAAUGAAAAUGUAAGCACAGAUGAAUGGUCUUUUAAUCAUUAAGGGGCAUUCAUGUUUACCACUUUAUGCUUUCAUUAAGGUCUUUUUGUAGAAAUUAUCAAAUAAUAAAUGAGUCAUACUUC